AUGGCUCUUACACAGUCGCUAACCCUUUCAAAUGGUGUCAAAAUGCCUCAGCUGGGGUUGGGUGUGUGGCAAUCCCAGAACGGCAAGGAGGCAGAGAACGCUGUCUCGUGGGCACUGAAGGCCGGUUAUCGCCACAUUGACACCGCUGCCAUUUACAAGAACGAAGAAAGUGUUGGCAAAGCCAUCGCCGCAUGCAACAUCCCACGUGAGGAGAUCUUUGUCACAACCAAACUGUGGAAUACCGAUCAGGGCUAUGAGAGCACAUUGAAGGCAUGUGAUGAGAGUUUGAAGCGACUCGGUUUAAAGUACGUGGACCUCUACCUCAUCCACUGGCCAGGGAAAAACAAGUACUUGGACACGUGGCGGGCCUUUGAGAAACUUUAUGAGGAAAAAAAGGUACGAGCGAUUGGCCUCUCCAACUUUCAAAAGCAUCACAUUGAGGAUGUCCUCAAGCACUGUAAGGUUCGGCCUAUGGUGAAUCAAAUUGAGCUUCACCCACUGAAUAACCAGAAAGAGUUGCGUGAAUACUGCAAGGAAAACAAUAUUGUCGUCACGGCGUGGUCACCUUUGGGGCAAGGACACCUGCUUGAGGAUCCUAAGCUGAACAGCAUGGCUCAAAAGUACAGUAAAACUCCCGCUCAGGUAAUACUGCGAUGGGAAUUACAGCAUGGAGUUGUUACAAUCCCAAAAUCCGUGCACGAAGAGCGAAUCAAGGAGAAUUCUAAGGUCUUUGAUUUUGAACUGAAGCCGGAAGACAUGAAAACAAUCGAUGAAAUGAACACCAAUCACCGCUAUGGCCCUCACCCGGAUACCUUCAUGAUGGGCUUUGAGUAG